AUGCACAAGAUAUCGCCGUUGAUCGGUCCGCUGCGAGCGACGCCACAAAUCAUCGGGUCAGAAGAAGAACGUGCGCGCCGAGAGUACACCGUUCAAAUGAGCAAAAGAGCACUGAUCGACUUAUGCCAGCAGGAAGCAUCAAAGCUUCUUGUCCAGGGACGAUAUGACCUCGCCGUUCCCGGUGCCAUCCAGGCUCUCGCGUUCUCGAAGGAAAUAUUCGGGGAUGGCAGUAUCGAGACAGUUCCACCGUACCUCCUCCUGUCAGAGGCAAACUUGGGGCUAGGGCUUCUUCAAAGCGCCGAGGGAUUUCUCUCGAUGGCCAACUGGUCGAUCCUGAAGACGCCCGAAUGCAGCAAUGCCAUCCGAAGCCAGCUGCAUCGGAACUUUGGAAAGCUACACACUGCACAAAACAAACUAGAUGAGGCGCUGGAUGAUCUCAGCAAAGACGUUUACUGCUCUUCACUGGAAGUGGGGCCGGAGCACAUCGACACAUCAGCCGGAUUUUUUCUGAUUGCCAACAUUUUUUACGCCCAGAGAAAGGUGGAGAGCUCCUUGGCUUUUUACGAUAAAGUCGUCGACAUCUGGUAUAAGUUCUUGGCGAGCGUGCGCAACGACGCUAACCUGGCCGAGAAUGUCGGAAAGGCGCAGUUGUCCGAAGGCAUGGAUAUGCUCACACGAGUGCUCAACACACGGGUCAACUUGCUUGGAGAUACCCACAUCGCCACGGUUCGCCUGCCUAGCGCAUGGCUGGCCAUCAACUGGCUUCGCUUGUAUGCCGCAAAGGAAAGCCGGGGGCGGAGUUUGGGAAGUUUGGGGAUCGAAUACAGCGCUCGGAAAAGAUGA